ACGCUUGUCAAAAUCUGUUUCUAAAUUCCUGGGUAAAAUUAUGUAAUAUAGCUGAAAAUUCUUAACGCGUACGCACAAUCGCAUUAAUUGGCUAUCGAUGAGUCAUGCGUAACUGAUGCACAUGAACUUAUCCUACAGCUGUUAUCCCGUUUAUGCGGAAGUGGCUGCUCCGCAAGAGCUGCAUUUGGAGCGGGAAACUUCAAACGAGACAUUGUCAAAGGAAUUGGGAACCUGGAGACCUGGAUGCGUUAGUAGGGAGCAUGCUAGUCCUAUAGAAUACUCGAUUCUGAAAUUUGUCAAAGCUUUAUGCGUAUUGCUGCUCACAGUCGUUAAAUAGAUUGUCUUCGGUCAUUGUGAACAUGGUAAUCCCAAGAGAUUUAAACAAAACCAAGACUAUCACGACAAUGAAGAAUCAGGAAAACAUCACACCCAAAGUCAUCGAGCCAUCUCUGUUUUUGGCCCAUUCGUCCUGCCAACACGAAAAUUUCGAUGCAUUACGGCUCGCUGCUAUACAUGAGCUGCUUGAAAAGGAAAUAAAUUACGUGAAGCUACUGUCUGCCAUUUGCAACGGCUAUUUGCCUGCCAUGAGCAACCGCCUCGACAUCUUCUCUGCCAGCAGCAUAGGGCUCAUAUUUUCAAAUAUAACGGCCAUAUACAAAUUUCAGCGAAUGUUUUUGGAAGCUUUGCGCCAAGGCAUUGAGCAGAAUCAAAUAUCGAAGGUGUUUCUAAAGAUGCAUAAAGGAUUUCUAUGCUAUUUAUCUUACUGCAAUGAUUAUUCGCGUGCUCUUGUCGAGCUCGAAACCUACGAACGCAUCACGGAAGCUCGCACAAUCCUGGAGAACUGCCGCGAAUCCGAUAACCUGGCCAAACUACCGCUAUCUGCGCAUCUGCUAGCGCCAGUGCAGCGCAUCUGUCGCUAUCCUCUGCACCUCAACGAACUACUUAGGAAUGCUUUGAAGAAUAACGGGAAUAAGCUUGGUGUGCAAACUGAUAUAUUAGACUAUGAACAUAUUGAUGUGCUCCAGUUUGAUAUUCCUGAUACGCACUCCACCGUUAAAAUGGCGCUUAAGAAGAUGCGUGGCAUCACUGAAGCUGUAAACGAGGGUAGACGCCAAAGCGAGAUUCUUGCACGGCUUCAGGGCAGUUUCCAGAGCUUUAAAGGACCACUGCUGAGCCUGCACAGCACACGCUUCUUCUUACAGGGGGACGCCAUGCGCCAAAACCAGAACAUGUGGAACAGCAGUUGCACCUUGUUUCUAUUUGAUAACCAGCUGAUAUACUGCAAACGGGAUAUCAUCAAGCGUAGCCAGUUCAUCUAUAGGGGACGCAUCUUUUUGGAUCGCUGUCGCAUCGUGAACAUGCAGGAUGGAAACAUGUUUGGGCCCACUGUCAAGAACAUGCUACGCUUCUAUUGCCAGUCACGGGAGAAGUGGUACGACUUUAGCUUUCGCUCCGCCAUUCGUAAACAUGCCUUUCUCAAUGCGCUUGCCCUGGAGCGACAGUUUAGUGGCAAGACUCUGGAAGUUUCCGAGAUGACCGGAUUUGAGUUUAAUGAAUUCGAUGAGGAACAGCCGGGUGACUUCUCUGACCAAUCGGAAUACGAGUACCCAGAUUGUGAACACACAAUGGGCAGCUUAUCCUCCAGUGGUGACAAUUCAGGAGCGGAGUUCACGGUCAAGUCAACCUAUCGCUCUUGCGCACAGUGGAACGAUGAUAUUGCCAGUACCAGCCAUGGGUCUGGGCAGAUGCUCAUAUCAUCUUCAGCCUGGUCGCUGAGUCUUCGCCGUCUAAGCAACUGGUUCCGCAAGUUGAAAAACUUUAACGGGACGGCGAAUCCGUUACCAACUCACAAUCCAGAUUUUGACGCAGAUUCAAAAUCAACAACAAGCGAAAGCGUACAGGCUGCUUCCGCGCAAAUUGAGACUGGCAGCUCGUUUGCUUAAUUAAUCUUUUUAUUCAUUAUUAUUUAUAAUCAUAUAAACUACAAAUCGCUAAAUAUAUGGGUAUGCCG